AUGGGAGAUUUUAACUACCCAGGAAUAAAUUGGGAGACAUGGAACACGAGAGGAGAAAGUACCGAAACACAGGAAUACAAAUUCAUGCAAAAGCUACAAGACAAUUUCUUUUUCCAUCACGUGCAAGAGCCGACCAGAUGGGGAGGAAAAGAUAACCCACAUAUCCUUGAUCUUCUUAUAACAAGAGAUGAACACUCGCUCUCAAGUAUAGAAUACCAAAGUCCACUCGGAAAGAGUGACCACUGUGUCCUAAUUUUUAAUGUAAUAUGCAAUAUAAAAGUAAAACUAAGGAGUAAAAAGAAAAUCUGUUACAAAAAUGCUGAUUUCGAUACCAUCAACAAUGAAUUAAACAAGAUAAAUUGGGAUGAAGAAUUACAGAGUUCAAGAAACAUAAACGAAAAUUGGAUUAUAUUCAGAAAAAUCAUUAAAGAAGCAGAGAAUAAACAUGUACCGACAAAAAUAAUCACAGUUGGGAGGAACAACAAACAUAGUUUUCCUGCAGACCAGUCAACACUGGAGGCCAUCAAAAAGAAACACUCCCUGUUUCGAAAGGCGGCAUCAAGUAAAGACAUGGAAGUUAGAAACCAGUAUAAUAAAGCCAAAAAUAAAGUAAGGAAAUUAACCCGUAAUUCAAGGAAAGAGUAUGAAAAAAACAUUGCAUUAAAAGCCAAAACGGAUCCUAAAGCAGUUUGGAAUUAUAUAAAAUCUAAAUCAACAACAAAGUCGGAAAUCGGAGAUUUGUAUACAAAGACCAACGACAAAACCUCAACAAAAGUAUCAUCAGAUAUAGGGAAAGCGAAUAUACUCUGUAAAUUCUUCAGUAGUGUAUUUGUAAAGGAAGAAGAUGAAGUAACUCCACAACUAAACCAACGGGAAGUUAUUGAGGAAAUGACAACUCUGAAUAUUACAAGGGAGAAAGUAUUUAAACUACUGAUCAACCUAAAACCGGAAAAGUCAGCUGGACUGGACGAACUCCAUCAAAUGCUUCUCAAAAAUACAGCCUCGUCAUUAUCAGGGCCUUUAACAACAAUAUUCAAUCAAUCACUAUCAACAGGAACUCUACCAGUCGAUUGGAAAAAAGCCCGUGUGAGUGCUACCAUAAGAAAGGCGAUAGAAGUGAAGCAGGCAACUACAGACCAGUCAGUUUAA